AUGCAGUUUAUGUUGCUUUUUAGUCGCCAGGGAAAACUGAGACUCCAGAAGUGGUAUGUCCCAUUAUCUGACAAAGAAAAGAAGAAAAUCACAAGGGAACUUGUUCAAACAGUGUUAGCUCGCAAACCGAAAAUGUGCAGCUUCCUGGAGUGGAGAGACCUGAAGAUUGUCUACAAAAGAUAUGCAAGCCUCUAUUUCUGCUGUGCUAUUGAAGAUCAGGACAAUGAACUAAUAACUCUGGAAAUAAUUCAUCGCUAUGUAGAACUUCUUGACAAGUAUUUUGGCAGUGUAUGUGAACUUGAUAUCAUCUUCAAUUUUGAAAAAGCCUAUUUCAUUCUGGAUGAGUUCCUUUUAGGAGGGGAAGUUCAGGAAACUUCCAAGAAAAAUGUUCUUAAAGCCAUUGAGCAGGCAGAUCUUUUACAGGAGCCACGUCAUGAAUACUUUAAUGUACCAGUGUACUAAAUGGCUUCAUUCAUCAUGCAUGCAGCAUUUCAGAGGAGAUAGACCUGUGACUUACUCAUGACAGAACAUUAUCAUCAGCUUGCUGAAUCCAGUCAUCUUGAGUCUUAUAGAAUGCCACAACCAUUCUCUGCUGUUGUACUUUCCUCUUCCCCCUCUGUUUUACAGUGUUGUCUCUUCACAUGUCUCAUUUCAACAAAACUUGUGCUUGUUGGCAUAUGGUUUAACUUUUUUUUAUUGUGUGUAAGCUUGAAGUCUUAUGCUUAAAAAUUCUGUAGCAUUUUCUGAGCUAAACAUCUAAAUACUGCAGCACCUAUACUGUAACAUUACCUGACCUGUGUUUAUCUUUCAAAUAGGUUGUGGUGGUAUUUAAACAUGCUCUUAGAGCCUGUAGAUGGAAGUUGAAGUUAAUACUUACAGAGAAACUAGUGAAAGAGUAGUAUCAUGUGAAAUGUGUAUACACACAAGUAUUAAAUGAUGUUACACACAAUUCUAUGCAGACUGUGCAGCUUAAUUAAAGAUGCACAUACCAAUAUCCUUUUCUGAGACUGGCACAUUAGUGUGACUUACAAAGAGGAGGAAGGCAGAAUUGAUCAGGUCAAAGAUAAU